AUGGCGGUCGUUGAGAAGUGUCCAGCGUUCCACACUCAACUUUUUGGUAUGAGUGCACCAUCUGGGUAUCUACAGUGCACUGCAUUUUUCCAUACUUCCCAGUGUGAACACACUUAUGCCCUCAAAAUAGUUCUUUUCUUUGAGUUCAUGGUAGCUGUGGGUGCAGCGAUUCUCACCAUUGUGGCAAUGCCAAACUUGGACAUCGUGACCAACGUGACAAUACUGAACGGUGUCGCUGUCCUCUCGGCGCUCCUACAGGUGGUCACUCAGUGCACUGCCAAGGAAAGGAAUCGUUUCCUGGUGCCGUCCAUUGCUGCCUUCAUGCUGAUUUUGCUCGGAUAUGUCCUGUUCCUCGUCCUAUACAUUAUGAAAGAUCCUACUGAUAUUAAGAUGGCCAUUUGGGUGGGUCUGGCUGUUGGUGGAUCGUUCUUGGUGUCUUUCAAUUGGUGGGAGACCUACUUCAGACUGAUCGGCGAGAACCGCAGAUCUGUCUUCCUCAAGGACCUGUGCACAGAUAUGACAAAGUGCCAGAAUGUGCUGCACAUCAUCUCCACCCUGCUCAGGAUCACAGUGACCGCCUGUGUGCUUGGAGCCUAUGUCCCACUUGCCAAAAUGGACUGGGACAUACUGAAGUCUAUCCCGAGUCGUGAGACAAAAAUUAUAGUCAUCACCGUUGGGGUCCAGCUGAUCUCAUCUGCACUCUGCCACUGGUUUGCUGUAGUGGCCUGCAAGAUGCACGCCCUGCGACGAUGCUUCAUUCUGCCUUUGUACCUGGCCUCUUUGGCCGUCAUGGCUCUGCUCAUCAUCCUUGUUAUCGUUUACUAUCAGGAAUACAGAAUAAGUCUGAACGGGACAAGCAUCAACUUCACAGGCUACUGCAGUGUAACUUUAGAUGGAAGAAACAACAGCCUUAAUGGCAGUGUGUUCUCAGAUCUGGUUUUGGAUGUUACACACACUCUGUGCUUCCUGGACAUGUCAACUAUAACUGACAUUGGCCUGCUGACAGGUUCAGCAGUGUCGUGGUGGCUCGGUCUGGUGUUGGCCACUCUCCAUCUGUGGCACCUCAACAUUUAUCGUAUCCAGAGGACCCAAGACCUGUUCAUCAGGAGGCUGUAUGAAGGAGCCUUUAUCGAGCAAUCCCUGCUCCUCAACACCCGAUUCAACAAUCAGACCAACAACAAAAUGAAGAAGGAACCUGAAAGAACAAUGGUUUAUCUGUGUGCAACCAUGUGGCACGAGACCCACGAUGAAAUGAUGAACAUCAUUAUCUCAAUAUUCAGACUGGAUAAGUACAGACCAAAGAGAGAGACCAAAGAUUUCACCUUUGAAGCCCAUAUAUUCUUUGAUGAUGCAUUCAAACAUGUCAAGGGGAGUCGGGGGCGUCACAUCAACGACUUUGGAAAGGACCUUGUGCAAGUCCUCUCAGACGUUUAUGGUAUCUUCACAAACCUUGAUAAAAGCAUCUUCAAAAAGCAGCAGCAGAUCCCUGAUCAGAAGAUCAUCAGGACACCAUAUGGAGGUCGUCUUGUGGUCACCAUGCCUCAUGGGAACAAUAUUGUGGUUCACUUCAAGGACAAAGAACUCAUCCGCCAUAAAAAGAGAUGGUCUCAGAUCAUGUACCUUUACUAUCUUCUGGGCUGGAAACUCAUGACAAAAUAUUAUGCACGCUUGGAGAGAGAGCACAAAGAUACAUUGAUAGCAGAGAAGCACAACACCUACCUCCUGGCUUUAGAUGGGGACACAGACUUCCAGCCAACUGCUGUGAUGUUGCUCAUCGAUCGUUUGAAAAUGUACCCACGUGUUGGGGCAGUAUGUGGCAGGAUUCACCCCACUGGAUCAGGUCCUGCAGUGUGGUUCCAGAAGUUUGAGUACGCCGUCAGUCACUGGCUGCAGAAGACAGCGGAGCAUGUGAUUGGCUGUGUGUUGUGCAGCCCCGGCUGCUUCAGUCUGUUCAGAGCAGAGGCGCUGAUGGAUGACAACGUGAUGAAGAGAUACUCCACCAAGUCCACAGAGGCGAGACACUACAUCCAGUUCGACCAAGGUGAGGACCGCUGGCUGUGUACUUUACUACUAAAGCAGGGAUGGAGAAUUGAGUACAAUGCAGCAUCUGAUGCUUACACCAAUGCACCUGAGGACUUCAAAGAACUCUACAACCAGCGUCGGCGAUGGGGACCGUCCACGAUGGCUAAUGUGGUGGAUCUGCUGGGCUCAACCAACACAAUUUCCAAGAGGAACUCAUCCAUGUCCAAACCCUUCAUGUUCUACCAGCUCUUUGCCAUCACCUCAUCAAUCCUGGCCCCUGCCACCAUCUGCCUGAUGAUUGCAGGCAGUUUGACUUUCAUCUUUAACAUGGAAGCCAACGCUGCCCUGGUCCUGGCUGUGUUACCUCCUCUCAUUUACCUGAUUCUCUGCUUCAAACUGAAAGCAGACACUCAGAUCACUAUUGCAGCAGUCUUGAGUAUCAUAUAUGCAUUCAUCAUGUUGGUGGUGACAAUGUCCAUCAUCGGUGCUAUGGUGAGGGAACAAACCAUCCUGACACCCAGCAGCAUUUUCGUCAUCGCCAUGGCUUUCAUUUACAUCAUCACUGCGAUAAUGCAUCCUCAGGAAAUCCAGCUGGUGUUCCAUGGCUUGCUCUACAUUCUCUGCAUCCCCAGCGCCUACCUCCUGCUCACCAUCUAUUCCAUGGUCAACAUGAACAAUGUGUCCUGGGGCACCCGGGAGGCAAAACCUGCCGCUGGAUUGCCUGCAGACACCACCCCACAAACAACAGCUCAGAAAGCCAAAAGCAUCUUCCAACGACUCUUCUCGUGGGCCAAAUGUUGUAAAAAGUCCACCAGCAGAUAUGGAGGUGAGCAGCUCAAUGCCAACCAGGAGCACCUGAUCCCAGAAUCCGCUCAACCUGAACCCCAGCCCCAAAACACUAUUGUGGAAGACGUGAGGAUCUCAGAGGAACAGAGGCAAUUGGAGCCUGUUUUCGACUGUGCUGCCCAAUGUUGGGUCACACAACUACAGAAUAUUUCCAGUGACAUGCAGCUGCAGGAGGAGUCACUCGACCAGGAAGAGGAGAACUUCUGGAAAGAGCUUCAGGGUAGGUACCUGCAACCUCAUGUUGAAGACAAAGAGAAACAGGACAUGAUAAUCAAUGACCUGCGAGAGCUGAGAAAUAAGAUAAAUUUUGCCUUCUUCAUCAUGAAUGCUCUGUGGCUGGUGGCAACAUUUACCCUCCAGCUCCUGAAUAUACCCAUCAACAUCCCCAAGCUCAACUUCAACCUCGAAGUCACCGGACAUAUACAAAUAGAUCCCAUUUCCUUAAUGUUCAUUCUGGGAUUUGCCACAUCAGUUGUGAUCCAGUUCUUGACCAUGUUUUACCACAGAAUCUACACUCUGAUCCAUUAUGUGGCCAUAUUGGACACAGAGCCAAUAAAACAAAAAAAUGUAACAGAAGAAUCAGACCUGGCCGGCGAAAAGGUCGACAAUGCCGACUCCAACUCCCUGCAGGAGUCAGAAUAUGACGGGACUGAGGUGUAAACGCAGACUCUCUCCAACACAUUUUAGCACUUUGAAAUAUCCUCUGUUUGGAAUGUAUUUAUUUAUAAUCUGAAAUUAUUUUAUUCUGAAUAUUAGUUUUCUUAGAGGUUGGU